AUGGCCUCCUACUUUCCCUCCUUCUCAGCCCCGUCCCCCAUGGCGCUGGCGGCAGCUUCCACCAACUUCGACGACCCCCAUCUUGAGGUUACCGUCACUCCCUCCGCCUCCGCCUUCUAUGCUGGAGAGACAUUCUCAGCCACCAUCACCAUCCGCAAUACACGCACGCCAUCCCAUGAUGCCAAAGUGCCCGAGACGCCGCUUACUGUGCCGCCCACAGCUGAAGUCUCGUCUGCCACGUCGCAAACGCGGCCGCUGCCACCAAUGGAUGUCAGACAUCCCUCUGAUGCCCCUCAGUUACCCCGGCGGUUAAAGCAGAUCGGGGCAGGCUUGCCUGAUAUUCCUCUCAAUGGCAAAAAGUUUGCUGAGAUUGCUGAAGCUGGACCAUCUGGUGGCCGCACCCCAAUGAGGAUCCAAGCAACCCCUCGGUCACCCGACCUCGACUCUGGGUAUCCAUACAGCCCUGGUGCAAACACUGCUUUCAGAGCCCCUGGCCCGAGCUCGCCUCAACGCGAAGGUCUCAUGAACUUUCGAAGUCCGGAAGGAUGGGGAGGCAAGGAGAAUACCAUGUCGAAAGAGCUCGGUCAUCAGCGCAGGGCAAGAAGUUUGGCGCUGGGUAAGGGAGCUAUGAGCCCGCAGGAAUUGGUCUGGGCACUGGGUGGGCAAAAGACCCCGCCUCCAUUACCAUCACGUCGUUCGCGCGACACUCAGAUCCCAGCGCACCAUCCUCAUUCUCGGAAAAUCUCCAUCGCCAAUCCCAUUGCUGCUGAAACCUCUGGGCAGUCGGAGGACAAUACACCGCCUCCAUUAGAAUCUAUCAUUGAAGGCCAACCGUCUCCGUCGGGCCGACCCCGCUCAUCAACUCGACCGUCGGCAUCGCGGUCAAAUUCACAGAACGAUUUGAAACAAGGCGACAGGCCUGUAGCUCAAGCAUCCCCAAACAGACCCAGACGGCCGUCCCACAACCGCACUCCAUCGUACCAAAAUGCAUACGGCGCCUCCUUCAUGGGCAUCCACACCGACACGCUCCCACCCCCGCCCUCUCACCCAUUCAUCCGCGAACGCGAACCGCCUGGCACCACCACCGUCCUCUGGGCCUACACCCGCCUCGUCGGCCACUUUCAUCCUUCCAACACCUAUAUCCCCCCCGACCCUCUCCUGCCCCUCCGCGCAAUACUCUUACACCAGCCCGUCGGCUCGGGAUCGCUCCUGACGCCUGGGGGCAGUAGCGUAUCCAACCCAGCAGGCAAGUCGUCGAGCUCGUCGAGGUGGCAGUUGAGCUUUGGCACGGGCGCGAUCGGGAACGCGACACAGCCGAGCUUGACUGGGAGUUUGUUUGGGUUGGCAAAGGAGCUUAUCACGGGUGGUGGUGGGGGGAGUUUGGAGGAGGAGAGGAGGAGGGUUUGGAAUAUGAAGGAUCUCCCGGUGCUCGAGUCUACCAGGAGUUUGAUGGGAGUGGAUAUCCGGUUGAAAGAAGGUGAAAGUAGAGAUUUCGUGUACACCAUGCCAUUACCUACGGUCCUGCCCCCGGCUCAUCGCGGAAAGGCCUUUCGCUUCUCGUACGACUUGGUCAUUUCUCUCAGUGCGAGUCUGCCAGGCGGCGGUCAUAGACAAAAGUCCAAAGACAUUGUCAUUCCUAUAAGAAUAUGGGCGAACGUGUCUGUGGGACAUCCAUAUCGAACUUAUGACGUUCUCCACCCCGUCAUCCAGACCAAGGAAGAAGGCAACGUCCAAAAUCUCGAGCAGCCCGACGUCCCCUCUUUACCGGCAUCAUCCACACCCCAGAGUCAAGAAAUGCGCCGGCAAUCAUCUGCAUCGGAUAGACAUCGUAUCAAGAAUGGGGACACGCGCGACUCUUUACAAGCGUAUGCUUCUCAUCUUGUCGACACCCUCAAGCCGAAUGGGGAGAGCUUGCAGCCAAUGUCGCCCAGCAAGAGAGAUGCACGAUCUCGUACGGCUUCACCUUCGUCUCCCGUUUUUCGGAUACCCGCUACGGAUCCGAUAGAAGAUAAUACAGAUCUGUUGGAUAUCCCACAAGCGCAUAGGAAGGGCAAGGGGUCCAGACACAGGAACGAAAGCUUUGUGGAGGGGGACGAGGAGUUGCUGGAUGAAGUUGGUCAUGAGGGUGGCUGUGGGGAGGCCGUUGAGAUACUUAGCAGACAUUCGCCCAAAGGUAAGCUCUUGCAAAUAUUGGGCCCUCGCACCCACUAACUCGCGUAGCUUCUUACGAUAUCAACAAAGAUGGCCAUCCGGUCUCUGUCAUGACGCUCGCCAAGACGACCUACCGCCUAGGCGAAUCUGUCCUCGGCAUCGUGACCUUCAACCACCCCACCUCCAUAUUUCGCGUUCUCAAAUUCUCCGCCUACCUCACCUCCCACGAACUCAUCCCGGAACCCCUCCUGCCCCCACCCGUCCACGCCGGAGGACCAGAACAACCGAAUUUGCAGACGGUGCACGCCGAGUAUCACACUGCUUAUGCGCUGUCGGCAGAAAGGCUCGCGUUUCUGCUCGACAUACCGUCGGAUGCUACUCCUGCGUUCAGCUUGGCAGCUGGGGAAGGGGACAAGGGCGGACUGGAGUGGAGGAUCAAGUUGAAGUUUACGGUGGGCGUGCCUGCGCAUGGCGUACCAAAGAGCCAUAGGAGGAGCGUCGACCAUUCGCGGAAGAGUGUAGAUGGCCACGCGCCCGUCUCUGAAGCUGUCAACCUCAUCCCCACCAAACGGCAUCGGCCGGGAGAUGAAGGGGACAAUGCAUUCUACUCGGCGCUGCAGAGCCUGAACCCUGUCAUCCCCGUGUCGCAAGCAUACAGAGAUGCUGUGGGCCCAGAUGGGGGCGCGGAAUGGUCGGAAAUGAGGACGGAGAUGGUAGAGUGUGAGGUGCCGGUGAAGGUCCUUGCUGGCAACACGGCGUUCUUGGUGCGGCCGGCUGUGUUUGUCGUGUAGUGCAGCGCACGAGGGAGUGUAUGUAUGUAUUUGUAUGCAGCAUCUAUGCAUUGAGGGG